AUGUACCUCAAAAGCCGAGUGCGGUCAGUAUGGAGUGCCUGGGAAGCAGAACUGUCCUUUGGGCGUGUGUUGCUCCAAGUUUGGGUAUGUACUGAUACACUGGCUCGCGCGCGGAUCUUCAUUAAUCGUGCCGUCAGGUUUUGCGGUUCAACUGACGACUUCUGUGCUGUGAAUUCUGGUUGCCAACAAGGCUUCGGUGGUUGUGGACCAGCCAAACGACCUUCAUGCGGAGGUGGUACCAGUGCGAACAAGCGAACAGUCGGCUACUAUGAGUCGUGGUCCAACACGCGCAAAUGCUCCAGCGUCGCACCAGAAGAUCUCAACCUCAACGGUUUUACGCACAUCAAUUUUGCUUUUGCCUUUUUUGAUCCAUCAUCAUUCCAGAUCGCUCCAAUGGACGGCAAAACUGGGGCGCUGUACAAUCGCUUCACUGGUCUGAAGAGCACCAAUCAAGGUUUGAAAACAUACAUAUCCGUGGGCGGCUGGUCUUUCACAGAUCCUGGUCCCACAAGAACAGCAUUCAGCACUAUGGCUGGCUCCAGUCAAAAUCGCGGCAAGUUCAUCAGCGGAUUAAUGAGCUUUAUGAAUGAGUAUGGAUUCGACGGCGUAGAUCUUGACUGGGAGUACCCCCAAGCCGAUGACCGCGGUGGUGCUGAAGUUGAUAGAGACAAUUACGUCGCACUCGUGAAACAGAUGCGCUCUGCUUUUGGAUCGAAGUACGGUAUUACGGUCACUCUUCCCACUUCGUAUUGGUAUCUACAGCACUUUGACCUUGCUGGUCUGCAGCCCAAUGUCGACUGGUUCAAUCUAAUGAGCUAUGACUUACACGGUAUCUGGGACGCUCAGUCUAAAGCAAUCGGUCCUUAUAUUGCACCACAUACCAACAUCACCGAAAUUGACCUUGGCUUGGACCUGCUAUGGCGAGCUGGUGUGGAUCCCAAGAAUGUCGUGCUUGGCCAGGGCUGGAGUCAUGCUAAGCACAUCUUCAGCCUCCAAGAAAUCAAGGAUAUUGUCUCCAAGAAUAAUCUCAAUCCAACCUGGGACAAGGUAGCUGGCGUCAAGUGGAUCACGUGGGAUAGUAAUCAAUGGGUCAGCUAUGACGACGACGACACCUUUCAGCAAAAGCGCGAUUUCUCCAAUAAACGCUGUCUUGGAGGUACGAUGGUGUGGGCUAUGGAUCAGGUUGAUCAAAAAGCAGACAACGGUCUCGCGCCCGCGUCUGGUGUGACGACUGCAGACCAAGAAGAUGCGAAACAAAAGAGCGGAGAUUUGGCAGCCGGAAUCUCGUGCUAUACCACUGACUGCAAUGUGGCUUGCAUGAAGAGCACGAAUCAAGUCGCGCAGAUGAACGGUCAACCGGGCCAGUUGUCAACAAAUGACCGCUGUGCGAAGGGGCAGUAUCGCAACCUUUGCUGCGCAAGCGGUACUACCAUGGGAAAAUGUCAAUGGAGAGGGUAUCGCGGUGUCGGCCUUUCGUGCAUGGGCGGCUGUGCCGAUGGUGAAACCGAAGUAGUCAAAGAUACCAACAACCAUGUCAAGAAGAAAGACCAAGACUGCGCUGGAGGUCUCCAGAGCUUUUGCUGCAAAGGGUUCAAACCAGCCCUCAACUUUGGAGACCUGGGUAAAUUGGCCGCCGAUGCCGCCAAAGCAGCCGCCGUAGCAGCCGCCGAGCAAGCAGCGCUCGACGUUGCUGCGAAGGCUUUCUGUCGAAUUGCUGUGCCCGCCCUACUAUUGCCACUUGAACUGGCAGAAGAUCUAAUUCCCAUAAUUGGAGAAAUUCUCGAUAUUGCCGAGAUCGCAGCUACGCCGGCCUUGAUCCAGCUGUGUGUGAAGGGUGUGGAGAAGGAGGGCAAGGCCGAAUUCAAGGUCUUUGGCAAGAAACAUACCCUAUCCCUGGACCAGCUGUUCGUCCAAAGCUGCACCUAG